AUGUCAUCGGCAUCAGAGCGACAAGAAGAUGUGGAAGCCAAAGCUUCGCUUAGAGUAGAGGAAACUCCCAUCUAUCCCGCCGAUGCCCUCUCGACACCUCGACAGAUCCUCUUCGUGGGAACCGUAUGCACGGCCAUGUUCACCAACCAGGCCGGUUUAGGAAACACUAUAGGAACAGUAUGCAUAAUCGGCGAGUCCUUCGCUAUUAAUAACACCGGUCAGUUGUCCUGGCUUAUUGCUGGGUACAGUUUAACAAUUGGAACUUUCAUUCUCAUUGGCGGACGGUUGGGCGAUGAAUUCGGUAGCAAGAGGAUGUUCGUCUUGGGGAUGGCAUGGUUUUCGAUUUGGUCUCUUGUGGCUGGUUUAUCUGUCUAUUCUUCUGAUGUCCUCUUCAUCUUUGCGCGUGUUUUUCAAGGUAUGGGUCCGGCGCUUACUUUACCGAAUGGUCUCGCGAUAUUGGGUCAAUCAUAUUCACCUGGUCCACGGAAGAAUAUGUCCUUUGCAUGGUUUGGUGGAUCGGCUCCGUUUGGGGCUAUUGGUGGUUUCUUGUUUGGAGGUCUCUUUGCUCUAGCGUGGUGGCCAUGGAUUUACUUCAGUCAAGCUAUUGCGCUUGCUGGAGUUACUGCUUUUGCUGUGUGGGUUAUUCCGCCUCAGCCUGCUCGAAGGACCCGUCAGACUCGGUCUCUGUCGCAACUAUCUGAGGAUUUGGAUGUUCCAGGUGGGCUUGCCGGGUUCACUGCCCUAGUGUUGUUUAAUUUUGCGUGGAAUCAGGCUGUUGUUGUCGGCUGGCAAGAACCAUAUGUAUAUGUUUGUCUGAUCCUUGGAGUACUUUUCGGGGCAUUGUUCUUCUAUAUCGAAGUGUAUCACGCAAAGACCCCGAUUUUACCUCUAGCGGCUUUCAACUCCGAUAUAGCAUUCGUGUUUGGAUGCACGGCAGCAGGGUGGGCUUGUUUUGGUGUCUGGGUAUUUUACAUGACACAAGUAACAAUGAACCUUGACGGAGCUACAGCCGUGCAAAUGGCAGCGUGGUACAUUCCUGUCAUCCCAUCUGGUCUCCUCUCAGCACUCGCUGUGGGCAAAUUAAUUAGGAAGGUACCUGCAUCCUGCAUCAUGGUCGUCGGACAAAUCGCCUAUCUCGUUGGUUCCAUUCUCGCAGCAACUCGAGUCCUACAUUCGACUUAUUGGACCUAUUUCUUUUUCAGCGUCCUCAUCAUCUGUGUUGGGAUGGAUACUUCAUUCCCGGCUGCGACAAUCAUCUUUUCGGAUGCGGUACCCCAGGAAUAUCAGGGUAUGGGCGCGAGUAUCGUUAUGACAAUUGUCAAUUAUAGUAUCUCUCUCGGCCUCGGGAUUGCUGGUACACUGGAGACUAAUAUCAACCAUGGCGGCAUGACAGAUGAAGAUAAACUGCUUGGAUACUGUGGUGCGUUGUGGUUCGGAGUUGGACUGGCAGGAUUAGGACUUGCUCAGAGUCUUCUCUUUGUGACAAAGGGAUACUGGAAGAAAGCUCCUGCCAAGGCGUGA